GCUGUCACAUGCUUUGUAAAGAGCAUCCCCAGGAGCUCUGCCCAGAGAGAUAUGCCUCCAAACUGUGGCAGUACCGUGGCUGUGGCCACCUUGCGCAGCUGAGAGCGAAGGGCUGAAGGGUGAGGUCAGGCUGCCCACUGUGACAUCAGCAAGGAUGUCACAAUGCAGGGGAUGGUUUUAGGGCCGUCAGCAGGCAGUGCUGCUUCACUUUGGCCUGGGCCAUAGAUCAUGGCUUUGGUGUUGGUUCUCGCCUUGUUGGUGAGGGCGCUAAUUGUCAGUGGCAGUGACCAUGCGGUCAUGCUUGAGCGCGUGCAGCAGCACGAGAAAGAGCAGAGGAACGGGGAGCAGAGCUGGGUGGACAUGUCGGCUCUGCUCUUUACUCUGCUGCAUUACUGGAAGAUCUGGUUCUGUACGGGACUGUUUGUCUUCCUCUUUUGGAAUAUGUGGCGGUCCCUAAAAAGGAAGCAGCAUGAGGAAGGGGGACAGCAGGAACAGCAAGAACGGGAGGAACAGGUGGAAGAGGUGGAACGUGAGGAACAGCAGGAGCAAGUGGAAGAGGAGGAACAGCUGGAACGGGUGGAAGAGCUGGAACAGGAGGAUCAGGUGGAACAUGUGGAACAGGAGGAACAGGAGGAACGGGAGGAUCAGGGGGAACAGGUGCAGCAGGAGGAACAGGUGGAAGAGGUAGAACAGGAGGACGAGGAGGAAGAAUACUUCCAUCAUUCAGCACUGACCAGAUACAUUGCACGGCGUGCCUGGGAAAAGAUGCAAGGAAAGGCCACCAAGUGCGUGCUGGUGGAGGAGCUGAUGAGCGACCUGCUGCAGACCUACACAUUUGUCUGUUCAAACAGCUUCUACCCGGUGCUGCAGCCUGCCAUUGGGGUGGGCAGCGCCUUUGAAGGCUGGAGUCCCUGUGAGGAGGACAUUGUGUACCGCCUGCUCGUGCCCAUUAAGGCCCCCCAUGGGCACGUCUUCCACCCGGAGCUGGGUGAGGAAGGGGAGGUGCUGGCAAGGAACUCCCGCAUCCGUGUGGAGCUGGUGUGCAUGUGCACAAGGGAGCAGCAGCUGGGGGACGUGCUGUGCUUCCUCCACCACUCUGAGGAGGAGCUGAGCCAAAAUCAGCAGCCCAGCCUCCUACAGACGCUCUGCACCGGCUCCUACCUGGAUGUGCAGAAAACUGCCGCCUGGUUCAACAAGCAGGUACCAAGAACCUGGAGGCUCACGCACCGGGCACACCGUUACGGCCUUAAGGUGCUGCCCUCCAGCCGCUCCUGCAAGCUCCAGGUGACAGACACCUCCAGCGGGGAAAAAGUCCACGUUGAGCUGCUGUUCGGGGUGCAGCAAGGCAACCUGGACAUCUUCCUGAGCAGCCAGAACGCAGAGGCCGUCUUUACGCCCAGCACAACAUGGCCGCAGAGCUGCGCUGUGGCGGAAAGGAAGUACUUCGAGUACGUGGCCAGGACCGCUGGACCCAACAGCUGCCACCUGGUCUGCCUGAGGCUCUUUGCUCACAUCCUGGUGGGCAUGGGCUUUUCCACCUACGCCAUCAAGACUCUUCUCCUCCACCUCCUAGCCAUCAUCCCUUUGGAGGACUGGCGCAGGAGGCAUUUCCUGAGCCGGCUGGAGAAUCUCCUGCAGUACCUGCAAUACUGCCUGAACGAUAAAGUCCUGAACCACUUCCUCCUUGGCAACGCGACCAUGCCUGACGAGGUUGUCCUGCCGCAGGCCUUCCAAACAGCCAGCCCGCUCAACCUCUUCCAGCACCUGGAGCAGGACCCGGACGCCCACUCCCGGGUGCUGCGUGACUUCAAGGAGCUGAAAGAUCGCCUCUUCAGACUGCUGCUGUUUGGACGCUGAAAGAGGCGUUUGUCAGAACCCUCCUUUCUUGGGCUCAAAGCUCACAUGCUGUGAGCAAUAAGACUCUGAGCUAUCUAGGAGGCCAGAGGUGGGUGUUGCCGUGUGGCAGUCAGCAUCAGGUUGUGGGCAGUUUACAUCCAAAAGGAUUUCUUUGGAGAGAGUUUGCCGGCUAAAGAUCUGGGCUGAGACCAAAUGACUCCAGCUUGGUACAGGAGAUUUGGGAAUAGUACCAUUGUAUCCUGUGAAGGCAAGACGCAAGUGGGCACCUCCCUGCUCCCUCUUAUCUGCUGGCAAGGCCCAGAAGAUGGGAACAAAAGGAAGAAGCUGUCACUCCAAAGACAGCCAACUCGGCCACUCUGGACUUACAUUAAUAAGGCUGUCCUGUCCUUGGAAAAAGUCAUCCUUGUCGUCGUCAAGCCAACAACAACCUCCGACGACCCAUCUCUACGGAAGGUCAGCAUCGGAACUACGAGCUAUGCUGGAAACCCGGUGGUGGCUAAUUCUCUCUUGCUUUCUACAGAGACUCUUUGCUUUUAUUUCCAAUCUCUUUUCUAUCGCCCGACUUCCCUUGCCCAUCUCCCUAAACAACUAGGAUUUGUAAUAAAGUGGUCGGGCUAACAUUUCA